AUGAAUCCCUCGCAGGCCGGGCCUAGCUCGAUGUCUUUAGGCCCUGCCCAACAACAACAACAUCUUCAGGCUCAGCUAAUUAAUGCUCUUUUUGCAAAUCCAAGUUUGCUUAGUAGCUUAACGAAUCAAUCUCAUAAUUCUGUACUAUCCAUACCCACUGUAAGUAGUAUCGCUCAACAUACUCAAAGUGUUCCUGAACAAAACACUCAACAGUUACCUCAAAUAUUGCAACCUCAAGCUAUUCCUCAACAACCUUCAUCCCUAAGCUGGCCGGUUUCAAGUUUUCCUCCUUUGGUUCAAGUACCUUUCUUUGACCCUAUUCAGUACAGAAAUGUUAACACAGUGGAUGUAUCACCCAGCGCUGAUCCUUCAGGUAUGGAUCUCCCUCUCAACGAUAUUGUCACAUUAAGGUUUUAUUUCAAUAUUGGCGUUCAAAUUGCCAAGCAGGUUUUAACUUCUCAAGUUUUGAAAGACCAGCAAGGACAAGUUAUCAAUUCUAUCCCCACUGCUCAGAGUAUUCAGAACCAGCAAGUGCUUAAAGGAAAUACCGUUCCCAAUCAGCUUGCCAACCUCAACAUUUUAACUGGUGCUCCGAAUAUUCCUAAUGUAGGAUUGGAGCAGCUUCAUGCAUUGGGCGUUCUUCCAAGUGUUUUCAGACAAUUACAACCUCAACCGGCUCAGCAACAGCAUCAUCAGUUAUUACAAGCCCAAAUGCUCGCUGCUGCGCGAAAUUCUAGUCAAGUCACAAUUGGAAAUCAACCGAAUGAUUUAAAUGUUUUUGGGCAAGCUGGUAAUUUGUUAGUGAGGCAGCAGCAGGCUCAGUCUGGAAAUCCUAGUGCUUUAUCUAGUCAUUCUUCUUCGGCGAAAAAUUCCAUUACUGGUUCAGCACCUGACCAAGUCCUUCUUCAUCAGGCUCUCAUUGCUGUUUCUCGUACCUCUCCGAAACCAUCAACAUCGUUACAUGAAGUUAGGAUACAACAACUACUCCAACAACAGCAACAGGCUCAGCAAGCCCAGGCGCAACAAGCUCAACAAGUUCAACAAGCGCAGCAGGCUCAGCAAGCUCAACAUCAUCAACAGCACCUCCAACAACUUCAGUCUAACAGCACACAGUAUCCUGUAGGAAUAUCUGGAGAUGGAUUGAUGAGAACCAUGGAUGUUGCAAACGUAGUAAAACCUAUGGCUGUUGGGGGAGGCUCUGGAGAGGCAGCCAUUUCACCCCGUCCUCCUAUUCCUAUUGACCCUUCUCCACCUCGCAACAUCGAGACGACUCGACAUCAACAGGUUCAACCUAUUGCUCAAACCUCCCCUCCUGCUUCCUCCCAGAAUGAAAGUAUGCGGCCAAAAGAAGUAGUUGUUGGAGUUAAUCGCUCCAAAUUAAUCGAUGUUGCUUCUUCAAAAGAUGGUCCGCUUGCUAGCACUAGCAGAGCUCCUUUUGCCGCACAAACAAUUUCUUCUGCGUAUGGAGGAGACGAUAGCAACACUCCUUCUCAUUUAUUCCAAAUCUCUGAACGUCAUUUCACAGAAGCUUUUCAUAAUAGGGCAGCUUCCAAUCCAAUCGGGAUAGCACGAAAUGCAGAUUCGAAAGCAAAUGAAGAUGGUAGUCGAUCUGCUCCUUCUAUUUCUAUUGCUACUCCAUCGUCACAAACUGCAGACAGACAAGGUGACGGGGAUAAUAGACCAGCACUUGCCCCUGCCUUGAUGAUGUCCUUUUUAAACAGCUGUAUGCGAGGUAUUAAAUCACAACUGAGUACUAAUGGGCUACCAGUAAAUGUGGAUUCGCACGGCCAACCAGUUGAUUUCUCAUCAAGACCUAUUGAUCCAAUAUUCCAACGAGCUCGUCAACAGUUGGAUGAAACAAGAGAGUUCAAGGACCCGGAAAAAACUCUGAAAGUCGAAGCAACGGGUACGCCAUCACCCUCUCCAUCAAGAGCAGACUCUCAAUCAAUAGAAGCGACAGUUCCGUCAUCUACUGCCACGAGUUCUCCUGGACCUGAGACUCCCGAUAAUUCUGCAAAAGAACGAAAAACAGAAUCUCUAAGUCACGACGAGAGUAGCGAUGAUGAACCAGGCUCGAAACGAUUACGAAUCGCAACAGAAGAAGAAUGA